AUGCCAAAAAAAAAGGGACAAAAGAACAAACUGUGGGAAAAAAUAGCAAAAGUUUUGCAUAAACAGGGCUACACAAACUUUACAGCUACUAAUUGUGAUGAUAAGUGGAGAGGAUUGCUAAACCAGUUUCGAAAGGUGCAUGAUGCAAGUAAAAAAACUGGUGGUAGUGCCAUUAAAUGGAAAUUCUAUAAGCUAAUAGAGGAAGCAAUAGAGCCAAUUGGGAAAAAACAAGCUAUGUCGCCUCCUAGAAACAUAUUAAAAGAGUCAUCUACUUGUGAAGAAACUUUAUCACAGUAUGUAGAAUCAACACCUACUAGACAACUUAACGCUUCAACAUCUGUAGCUAUUUCACCACGGUAUGCAGAACUACCAUCAACUACACCAAAAUCCUCCCCUGAAAUUCUACCAUUGAGCUCGGUCAAAGGAAAAUUCCCAGGAUGGUUCCAAAAGUACCAAGAACAGAAAACAGAACAAACAAAUUUAGCUUUGAGGAAUGCAAACGAAUUACAUAACCGCCUAGAUAAGAUGGAAAAAAGAGAGGAAGAAAUGAUAGCGAUUCAAAGGCAUCUUGUUUCCAAACUUGAAGAAGCUAAUAAUAUUGAACUUCAAAAGUUAGAAGUUUUUAAACAGAUGUUCAAUAAACAAUAA